AUGUUAAACGUCAAUGAAAGUUCAUCUUAUUCACCAACGAUCUUCUCUCCAACAGUUCAAGCUUAUCUCUACUUGAUUCCAAACAUCAUCGCCAUAUUCACAUCUAUCUUUGUUCUCUAUCAUCUUCUUUUCGAGCGAACACUUCGACAAGCACUCAACAAUCACAUCAUCAUCAUUAUUCUCUUCACCAAUUUCAUCUCUGAUUUCACCAGCACACCAUGGCUCAUCUAUUACAACUUUACCGGAAUCUCUCUCGUACCAAAUCCCAUCUUUUCUCUUGUUUGGGUCUAUAUCGAUUAUGCGAGUUAUGCACUUCAAACAAUGCUCUUCGCAUGGGCAACAAUCGAACGGCAUAUUCUUGUUUUUCACGAUCAAUGGCUGCGAACAACAACUCAACGCAUUUUCAUUCAUUAUCUACCAACAACGACCAUUUUCUUGUAUGUAACAUUGUAUUAUCUUCUCUUAUGUUUUGUCCCCUUCUGCAGCAAUGUUUAUGAUUAUUCACAAGUGUAUGGUCUAGCUGAUGGUCAUUGUGAACUGGAGAAUGUUUUCUUUCAACGUUGGUGUUUGAUUUUUGACCAAACUAUUCCGACGAUGAUUAUCAUUAUCUCUCAUAUCGGUCUGUUAGAGCGGAUUUUCUCAGCAAAACGACGCGCACAUCAAGCAAUCAACUGGCGAAAACAACGUCGAAUGAUCAUUCAACUAUUAUCAUUAUCCGUACUCUUUUUCGUACUAAAUGUUCCUUAUCUAUUUGUAAAACUUGCUUAUACAUUUGAAACGUUCAUUAAUCUUGGAGAUGAGUUACUUUUUUAUACUGAAUAUUUCGUUUAUUACAUUGCAUUCCUUCUACCACUGGUCUGUUACGCGAACCAUAAUGGNAAUUUCAUCUCUGAUUUCACCAGCACACCAUGGCUCAUCUAUUACAACUUUACCGGAACCUCUCUCGUACCAAAUCCCAUCUUUUCUCUUGUUUGGGUCUAUAUCGAUUAUGCGAGUUAUGCACUUCAAACAAUGCUCUUCGCAUGGGCAACAAUCGAACGGCAUAUUCUUGUUUUUCACGAUCAAUGGCUGCGAACAACAACUCAACGCAUCUUCAUACAUUAUCUGCCAACAACGAUCAUUUUCUUGUAUGUAACAUUGUAUUAUCUUCUGUUAUGUUUUGUCCGCUUCUGCAGCAAUAUUUAUGAUUAUUCCCAAGUGUAUGGUCUAGUUGAUGGUCAUUGUGAACUGGAGAAUGUUUUCUUUCAACGGUGGUGUUUGAUUUUUGACCAAACGAUUCCGACGAUGAUUAUCAUUAUCUCUAAUAUCGGUCUGUUAGAACGUAUUUUCUCAGCAAAACGACGCGCACAUCAAGCAAUCAAUUGGCGAAAACAACGUCGAAUGAUCAUUCAACUAUUAUCAUUAUCCGUACUCUUUUUCGUAUUGAAUGUUCCCUAUCUAUUCGUAAAGCUUGCUUAUACAUUUGAAACGUUCAGUAAUCUUGGAGUUGAGUUUAGUUUUUACACUGAAUAUUUCGUUUAUUACAUUGCAUUCCUUCUACCACUGACGCGAACCAUAAUGGUUCAUCCAAUGAUUCAAACAAGUCCGCGUAGGAGAAUUUAA